AUGGCGUUGGCGGUGGCGGCGGCUAGGGAGCAUUUGAUAAAGACUGGACAUAAGUUUGAGGGGACCUUUGGGGAGGAGGGCUGGAAGUUGGAUGAUAUCCCGGUUGAGUUUGUGAAGGGGUUGAAAGAGGCUAGUCUGAAGGGGAGGUAUGAGUCGUUCGAGGAUUCCAAGGGGACGAGGUGGUUUGUGGAUGGAGCGCAUACGGAGGACAGUCUGGCGGGUGUUGGGCAGUGGUUUGCGGGCAAGGUGAAGGGAGAUGAAAACGAGGUCAAUGUCUUGGUGUUUAACCAGCAGGAUAGAGACCCGGAGAAGCAGAGUGGGAGGGCGACGCCGGUGUUCAGUUAUGCGGUGUUCACGAGGAAUGAAGAGAAGGCACCGGUGGAGGGCGAGCCGGAGAGAGAUCUCGCGGUGCAGUUGAAGGGGCAGAAGAUUGUCCACGAAGCUAGUGCGGGAAUUGAGACUUCGGUCUACAACGCUGUAGAACUGGCCAUGGAACAGGUUCAAAAGAUCGCGGAGCAGGCGCGCAAGGAGGGCAAGACGUGUAAUUUCCUGGUGACGGGAAGCUUCCACCUUCUUGGUGGUGUGCUCAAGACGGUUGAGUAUGUUGAAUAUUAA